AUGACUUCCUUAUCUUCUGCGCCACGCAGUUCCUCGAGUUCGGCCAGGUCGCAGCCGUCGAGAAGUACCGUGCCACUCCUCCCGACGCGUGCUGACCUCGAGCUAAUCCUCCGGUCCUUGGCACAGCCCGAUAAACAAAUCUCGCAGAUCGAAAAGAGCGUCACCCACCUGCUGGUCGCGACGAAGCAAUUGCUCGAAACGUUGACCCAGUGGUCUCGGAGACAAGCGUCGGAGAACGAUGUUUCGGAUAUCUACGUGCGCCUAGGCUACGAAUUUAAUCUCGCCUGCCGUUCAUUCAACGCCAUCGGGGUCGAUACAUCCGACCUCGGCCCCGUCCCGGAUCUUCUCCGGAGCAUUCUCGAAGACACCCUGAGUCAGGACGCGUCCCCCCAAAGUCUGGACCGGUUCCUCCCCCGCAUUCGCGAUAUCAUCAUCAACCUGCUGCAUGGCCUCAAGAAGAAGCAGGCGCGUUUGCGCUCGCGGCAACAGAGGGAGGACGGUCGCCCGCUGCCCGGUCGCCAGGCCAGUGCGGGAAGUGGACAAGCCGCCAUGAACCAGGCCUAUGAGGAGACCGCUUCCACCGUGACAGGACUCGCCCGGGCGGCCCGAACGUCGCCGACCGCCCAACUGGGCGAUCCGAGGGGAUCCAGCUAUUCGGAAAGGGAGGCGUUGAGGCGGGAGACCCAGAACAUUCUGUCGCAACCGUCUCCGCUCGAGAGUGAAUUUUCCGCCAAAGCAUCGACCCCCGGCAGCGUGUCCGGCUAUCCAACACCGCCGCCGCCGCCGCCCCCAAAACAAGACGAUGCGCUCGGUGCCUUGCAACGGAGUGGGGAGUUGGAAAGACGCGCGUCUCGGCGAUUUUCCGCGUAUCAGAUCCAGAAGCACCUCGGCACCUCCUCCAACGGGGUCCCCGUGCUUCCGACCCAGAACUCUCCCAUCCCUAAUCGAGGUCGGGACGUGCGUGAAUCCCUCAACGCGGUGCGGCUCCGCGGCCCGACCACUCACGGUCGGCAGCGUUCAACCAACCGUGCCAAUGACACUUCCAGCGCAAAAUCCGCACCACCACCACCAGCUCCGCCGGCCGUUCCCAGCGUUGACGCGACGGCGGUGAAAUCACGGAAUGACUCGGUCUCCGAGCUCCCGGCCAACGGUGUCCCCGUCGCUGACGACCAGCCUCAGCCGCGCCCGGGGGGUGAUGACGAGGGCAGUCCUUCCCUCAAGAAGGCACCGACCUUGCCUCGUCCGGAGGAGCCGUCCCUGGGCGAGGCGUUCGAGCCGACGAAGGAGAGCCCCUCAGAAUCAGGGGCCUCCCCGACGACCCCAAAGUCCGAGCAACGACGGCCUUCUACUGAAGCCUCCACACCUCCCCCGAUAUCCCAAUUCCCGGCCGACCAGCCGUCUCCCGGCAAGGAACUCACCCUGUUUCUCCAGUACAAGAGCAAGAUCAAGAAGUACGUCCUUCCCGAAGGCUAUAAUGGUUUGACCAUCGGCCGACUCCAGCUGGCCUUCAUCGAGAAGUUCAACUGGAACACGCACAGCAACGGAGCGGAUCUCCCGGAGCUCUACGUCCAAGAUCCGAUCUCCGGGAUCCGCCAUGAACUGGAAGAUCUGAACGACGUCAAGGACCGGUCGGUCCUCGUGCUGAACGUCGACAUGAUCGAUGAAGUGAAGAAACACUUUGAUGACGAGUUCGGCGGAGUGCGCCGCAUGAUCGAAACCAUCAAGGGUGCGCUGGAAGGCCAGGAAGGGAUGAUGCAACGGGUUUCGGACCGCCAACUGGAAGCCGCAAAGGAAAUGGCCCGUCUCGCUGCUACGCCGCCCGCGCCGGUGGCGGGCGCAGCGCCGGCGGGUGCAACGACGAAGCACCGCCCCAUCACGGGCAGUGAUGGCCAGCUGGCGGAGCUGCAAAGCCUGCGACGGGACCUUGCGGUGCUGCGGCAGACGUAUUCAAGCUUCUCGUCCGACAUUGCUGGCUCGAUGAGCGCCAUCCGCACAAAGGCGAGCGGGAUCAAGUCCGUCGCGGCAGAUGUCGCCGUUCCCACCUUCGAAGGCGACGCGGGUCGUGCCCGCGUCAACUCAGGCAAGAAAGGGCUCGCCGAGGAGUCCGAGCGGCUGGUGGCCCGCGUCGAUGAUCUGCAGGAUCUCGUCGAGGACCUCCGUAAGGACGUGGUCACUCGUGGCGUGCGGCCGCUGCCCCGCCAGCUGGAGAGUGUCAGCAAAGACAUCAGUACCGUGACGAAGGAGAUUCGCAAGAUGUUAGACUUCCUGAAGAAGGAGAAACCUAUCUGGACUAAGAUCUGGGAGAAAGAGCUCCAGCUCGUCUGCGAGGAGCGCGACCAACUUACCAUGCAGGAAGAUCUCGCGGCCGAUCUCGAGGACGACCUGGAGAAAGCAUCCCAGACCUUCGCGCUGGUCGAGCAGGCCACGAAGCAACAGGCCACACAGAACAACACCACUCCCGGGCCAGGCGGGGUGGUCUUGCGCAGCACUUCCCGCAACGUGGUGAUCGACCCGGCCGUGGACCCCGUCAAGGCCAAAGACGGCGUCCUCGGAGAGGUACGCGCCCUGCAGCCCAACCACGAAUCCCGCCUGGAAGCCAUCGAGCGGGCGGAGAAGGCGCGCCAGAAGGAGCUCGAGAACCGCCGCAUCGGGCUCUUCCAGAAAGAGCUGGGGACGUUUGUCGAGGAAGGCAAGCUGAAGAAGAGCGGCGGCGUGGAAGAAAUCGAACGGCUGCGGAAAACCAAGGAUGACCGGAUCCGCAAAGAAGUCUGGGAGCGGCAGCAAGCUCGAGCGGUGGAGAUGGAGAAGAUUGCCGCUGAACGGGCGGCCGCCAAAGCAGCGGCCGCACAGGCCGAGACGGACAAUCCGGCGUCUGGCGACGAGGCUCCCGAUGCGAAGGCCGACGAAAGUGACGACGGACCUGCGGAGAGCAAGGGCGAAGACGAAGACGACACACGGGAGAAGACAUCGUCUCCUGAUGAGGCCGAAAAGAAAGAAGGCGACAAGGAUGAGGAAUCCACGAAGAAAGACACCAACGCUGCGGACUCUGAAUCUACGUGAUGCUUCACUGGAAUGGUGUCUGUAAUCCUUCUUUCCUUACCCGCUGCCUUACCCGCUGCCUUCUUCGUUCUCGUCUUUCUUAUGUUUUGGUCCUCCACGUCUUGCAUAGACGAAUCCCUCUCAUUCAUCCUUAUAUUACCCUUCGACUCAGUGUUUUCUUUCUCCUUUUCUUUUUUGACCUUUUCCCUUCCUCCCCGAUCCAAACCCACAGCUAUAUUGCUAUUGUUAUUGCUAUUGUUCUUGUUUUUGUCAUUGUCAUUGUUAUUGUUGUUACCUUGUUUUCGAUAUCCCCGUUUGUCCAUUUUUUUCCUGCCAACGAUACCCCG